AUGUGGCCGGAUGUCCUUCAUGAUAUCCGCAGCAUAGAAUUCGUAUUACCAGCCAUCAGCCCUACAUGCAGCACGGUGCGCAACGAGUUGUUUUACCUCGACUUAUGCUUUGCUAUUGAUCACCUCAAAGCGCAUGCAGACAUGCCCAUAUUAACAAUUAUCGUAAACGUAAAUUCGGUCCCUUCUAUAACCAACGGUGACCGGGAAUGGUUCUAUGAGGAGCUAGUCAACCAAAGGCGUGACAAGGCCCAGGUUUUUCAGGCCUUCGUUCAAUUACUCAACUGCCUGAAGCCGCUUCGAUCUAUGAGAAGCUUCUUCGUCCACAUAGAGUGGGCCACUCACUGGUCUGUUGAGCAUCCACGUAUAGGUCUCUCCGAACACGAUGAUUUAGAUUUGCGAAUGAAUGAGAUGGAGUCAUGGUUGGAGAAAAUGGUGAUGGGCGACGAGUAUGAUAGCGAAGCCAUGGGAAAGUUGAAGCGGCAGCCGAGUAUUUGGCUAUAUGUCGUUUGGGCUACGCUCAGCCAGGUCUGGUGGUCAAGUCUCCCAGAGCAAACUUCAUUCAUGGUAUGUCCUUACCUGCACUAA